UCACAGUGAUAGGAUUAUUACAUAUAACAGUGAGUAACAUUUCACCAUUUAUUGUGUAACCCGUGUAGAACUCGAAUGCUUUUUUCCUCAAAAAUUGUAAACAAGAAGUGUACUUACCUAAUUUGAAAAUUGAACGCGAUAAUUAUUCUAAAAGUACAAUUUAUUUUCAAAUACUCAACUUUCUUUAAGUGUCGGUAGUUUGAAAAAUCAAGAUGUCAUCUGAAGAACCUUUUUGUGGAGCCGCAUUAAUGCAAGUUUAUUCUUAUUAUUUGAGCAACAUACAAGGUACCAUAGACGUACUAAUAUGCAUAAUCGGUGUGAUCUUCAACAUCUUUAACAUCCUGGUGUUCACAAAGAGGAAUGUGGUAUCACCGGUGAACUUAAUUUUCACUCAUUUGUCGUUUGUAAAUUUAUCACAGCUUAUAGCGUUUAUAACCUUCACAUGGAUAACCUUGCCAUACUAUAGAAAUCAAAAAAAUGACGAAGAAUGGACUUAUACAAGAGCAAUUAUUUCACUGCUAAGCGGAGAAUUGGUAGCCAUUUGUAACCGCAUAUCAGUGCAUAUUGUAAUGAUGCUAACAAUAUGGAAAUGCAUAGCUGUAUUUUAUCCAUCGAAGGAACCUCAAUGGUGCAAUAUGAAAACAACGCGCAAUACGCUGGUAGUUGGUUACAUCGUAUGCAUUUUGCUUUUUAUACCGGAGUAUUUGUCACAUAGUAUUGUAACGGAAGAAAUAGAUCAGACGACAAAGAUUUACUUUUAUGCUUUUGAAAUCACUUCCUCCAUAUACCAAGCAUCGCAAAUUAUCAGACUAGUGUUGUAUGAAUUAUUUCCAUCACUGGUGUUACCAAUAGUAGGUGUUAGGUUGAUUGCCACACUAUGGAUGAAAAAAGGACACCCAAGUACUCGUACUUCUUCAAACGUUGAAAACAGCAGAGAGAAUCAGAAAAUGGAGCAAAAAACCGAUCGAUCAAUAAUCAUAUCGAUUGCGAUUAUGACACUGUGUUUGAGUUACGUCCUUCCUUCGGGAUUACUUAAUUUCGUGUACACGUUUUUAACAAGUGACAGAUAUUUAAUCCAUUUCAGAUGUUUUCACGGCUUGAUAGUAGUACGCAUUAUCAUGAAUUGUAUCAAUAAAUCCGCCACAUUUUUAGUAUAUUACGCCAUCGAUCAAGAUUUUAAAGCCACGUUCAAGUCUUUGUUCGACAAAAACAAUGCUUCUUUUUGGAAACUGAAGUAUGUUCCUUUGAGGAGUGCGAGAGGGAAUGAUGAGAGCUUAGAAAUAGAUCGAACCUAACAAAGAUUGAUAAUUUUAGAAGUGCAACUUUUUUUGUGGUGAAAAAUGAGGGUGAUAACCCAGAGGGAAAUGAUUGGAUCCGUGCAUUCUAUGGAUCUAAUUUUACUUGGCCAGAUCGGAUUAGAUCUGUUUCUAAUCAGAUAAAAAUAAGAUACCUCAUUGGAUCUGACCAGAUCUGAGUAGGUAGAUCUGAUUUUGAUUACCUACACCAGAUCAGAUCUGAUCAGAUUGGGAUAUGGUACUCAGAUCCAAUUAGAUAUGAUAAGAUCGUAUUAUAUACGUACCACUGCAGAUCCGAUCAGAUCCAAUCACCUCUCCCUGGUAAGAUUUUUCAGAACGUCAAAAAUAUGUUUCAUUCAAAUGCAUGGGUUUUAAUGCAUGUUAAGAGACAAAUAGCUUCUUACAAAUAUAUAGAUAUUGUACCUAUGUAGGAUAAGAUUAGGCAAGUUACACAUGUUUCAUGUAUUACCUAUAAAAAUGUAUGUACAGUAAGUUCCGCAUAAUGUGUUGUCGGUUAAUAGAGAAAUUCGCUCAAUAGAGUUAAAAUGGGUUGAAACGGAACGUUUGCAUCAUUUUACAUGCAAGUUUUAUCGCUUAUAAUAGUGAAAAUGAGCAUUGCACUCGGUUAAUAGAGUGGACUAAUCUUUAAAAGUUGGAGAAAAUCAUGAAUUUCAGCAAAAUUUGACAAAAAUUGGAUGAAAAAAUGUUGAAAACGUGUUAAAAUUAGUGAAAAUUGGCAAGAGAUGGUGAAAUUUUUGUAAAAAUUUAUAAAAAUUGUAAAUAAAGGUGUUCAAAGGGUAUUAAAAAACUAACUGUAGCUAAAAAACAGAAAGUUAUUGAAAUCACCUUUAAAAAACAUCAAAAAGUGAUAAAACUUCAACAAAAUUUGGAAUUUUGCAUUUUUUUUCGCAUCGGUUAUUAGAGUUUUUCGCUUAAUAGAGUUGAACAGGCUUUGGACCAACGCGCCCACAUUAAGCGGAACCCACUGUAUUUAGGUAUUAUUCAGAUUCAGAAUAUCCUCGAAUUGAAAAAAUAUACAAUCAAAUAAACUGAGUACCUAGGUAUGUAAUUAUUAGAUACCGGAACUAGCCACCUGGCUAAUUAUUAGUUUUUAAUAUCCUUAUAGUAAGUAGUUUCAAAUUCAGUGUUUUAAAACAUGUACGAAUAAUGAUACAUACAUAUGUCCUGAAACAUUUCACAAUCUUUACAUUUUGACCAAAAUUAUGGGUCUUUAGAGUUGUGGUCUGGCCAGCUGAAACGGUUGUGAAAUUUUGGACCAUGCUGUAUCAAAAAACCGCCGUCCCAUUCAAAUCAUAGGCGAACCCUUCGAAAGGGCUGGUAAGUAACUAGUAUGAGUAAUUUUUCCAAAAAAAAAAAAAAAAAAAAAAAAAAAAUACCAAAAUAA